AGAUAUUGAACUGUCGGACCAAAAUGAGCCCAUUAUGGAUACACAGUAGGGACUGGGCCAAGUGGCCCAUCCAAUAGAUGUGGGCUUUUGGUCUUGUGCUAAAAACUAGCCAAAUUCUGACAAACAAACCUACGAAAGUUGACCGCCAAUGGCACUGGAAAACGAAGCAGUUGAAUUAUCAACAAGCGAAGGAGAGAAACAAACGGUAUACCAUUCCCUGAAUUCCAUGAAUGCAAAAUCAGAUAUACGAUAUCUUCCAGGAAUUUAAUGCUCAUAAUUGCCAUAAAUAAGCAAUUAAAUACCAAUCAAACAAAAUUUUUAAUCACGGCUUUUCUUGAAUCCAAUGGUUACUUUUCCCAGUCUCAAACAAUUCAACACGAGGUGAUUUUCAAUCCUAAGGUGAACGAGAAGAACCGUAUCCCAUCCCCACACGGCGGCCGGGGUGCUUUACCCUCCGAAGGCGGCUGCCCCUCCGAUGUCCUCUUCCUUGCUGGCGGUGGCUUUGAUUUUCUUUGUAGUUUAAGUAAGCCAUUUUUGUUCCCUGUGUUUGAAUUUUAAACGAUAGGAUAGAAGAAGACACGAACGCGUAAAUACGCAUAGAUCCAGGAGGGACGGGAUGUCUAUAGAAAGGAUGUUGACUAUAAAACGGGUGCCAACCGUGCUCUCUAAUUAUCAAGAGAAUGCUUCAUCUGAGGACCUGGAAAGCAAGGCUCGAGGAUGUGACCGCAAUUGCCUUGGAAAGUGCUGCUUCCCUGUUUCCAAGCUACCUAUCUAUGCAUUCAAGAAUGUGGAGCAUGAGAUGGUUGAGAAUGGCAUUGACUUGUCUUGUGGAAGAGGACCUCCAAUGUCCUUUUUAAAUAAUUUGUUGUUGGGACAGUGGGAGGAGCGCAUGAGUAGGGGCCUUUUUAGGUAUGAUGUGACCACCUGUGAGACAAAGGUCAUUCCAGGCAAAUAUGGUUUUAUUGCACAGCUGAACGAGGGGCGUCACCUUAAGAAACGAGCUACAGAAUUUCGUAUUGAUCAAGUUCUUCAGCCAUUUGAUGAUAACAAGUUCAACUUUACAAAAGUGGGCCAAGAGGAAGUCCUCUUCAGGUUUGAACCAAGCAAGAACAAUGAGAUGCAUUACUUCCCAAGUUCAGCAGUUGAUGAUUCUUCUGGCGCACCUAAUGUUGUUGCCAUCAAUGUGAGUCCUAUUGAAUAUGGGCAUGUGCUUCUGAUACCUCGUGUACUUGAUUGCUUCCCUCAGAGAAUUGAUCAUGAAAGUUUCUUGCUUGCUCUUCACUUAGCCAGAGAAACAGCAGAUCCGGCCUUUAGAGUGGGUUAUAAUAGUUUGGGUGCAUUUGCCACCAUCAAUCACCUCCACUUUCAGGCAUAUUACUUGUCACUUCCAUUACCAAUAGAGAAAGCACCAACUUGCAGAUUAAUGGCCAUCAAGGAACCAAGUGAUACCAGGGUGUCAGUAUCUAAGUUAUUGGAUUAUCCUGUGUCUGGUCUUGUUUUUGAGGGUGAAUGCACGUUGCACAAUUUAUCUGAUGCUGUUGCCAAUUCCUGUGUUUUCCUCCAAAAUAAUAAUAUUCCUUUCAACGUACUAAUAGCUGAUUGUGGCAGAAGAAUAUUUUUGCUACCUCAGUGUUAUGCCGAGAAACAAGCACUUGGAGAAGUAGGACAGGAGCUUCUGGACACUCAAGUGAACCCCGCUGUUUGGGAAAUCAGUGGCCACAUAGUGCUUAAGAGAAGAAAGGAUUACGAUGAAGCAUCUGAACAAUACGCUUGGAGUCUUCUUUCCGAGGUUUCUCAAUCCGAGAAGAGGUUUCAGGAGCUGACGCAAUUUAUUGCUGAGGCAGCUGGUUUCUUGCAUGUAGAGAAUGACGUCACAGCAAACCAUGAGUCUGGUGUGCCACGAGCCACUUCACAUCUUCCUAAAGAUUGUCUCGUGCAGCAUUGAUGCAUGUGGCUUGCAAUGUGUAACGCGCCUCUGCUAGUCGUCUAUGGCGGUUGGUUAUAGUAUGAGUAGAAAGUUUGUUUGCGUUUUAAGCAAACUAGAAACUUCCUCGACUGGUCUGUUGUUAUAGUGAUAUUUGGAAACUGUCUUGUGAACCAUAUUUCCGUAUACAUAUUUUUCCUCUAAUUGGUUCCUUUCU